AUGCUGCAACUCUUCAUUAUAGCAGCACCAAUACUGGCUAUUUACGGCCUUGCCGACUCGACGCCAGAUCUCGUGAAGGGGAAGAUUUACCUGAAAGGUGAUGCCGCCUGGGUUAGAGUCGAUUUCCCACACUCCCUGACAAAUCCUCUUGUCUUCUUGGGCUCACCUGACUACAUUGGCGACUACGCGAUAGUGCCGCAGGUAGGGGAGGUGGACGCGAAUGGAUUCACUGCCCGUGUGAUGGUGCCUUCGUGCGUAACCGCGGACCUCUCCAGGACUCGGAUUAGUGUGCCCUAUAUUGCAUGGCACAAAACGGCUGGACAGGAUUAUUUCGCCGAUUUUGCUCUGCUGGCCAGACCUGAGAACUCUCCUACCAUCGAAAAUCAUACAUAUACCUUUUCCGUUGAAGACUGGCACCGAAUUAGCUCAAACUACGUUGUCCUCACACAGAUCCAGAACAUGGCAGCUAUUGCAGAAAAGGCAACUGAGUUCAACGUGACGCCGUACGUUCACGCGAUAGGCUCUGUCGCCUCCGCAGGAGAUAAAUAUACAAUCUCAUUAUCCACCAGCAUCUCCACGUACUCUCCCACAGUCGUCGUAGCAAUAAUGGCUCUCGGUGCCUCCCUCCCGACCCAUUUUGGCGGAGUGGACAUUGAACUUAAACCGGAAACGAUGAUCACGUCGGGCAAUGAAUUUUCACAUUCCCUUGCUUCUCCAGUCCUAGCAUUUAUACAACCAUAUUCUGUUCCCGCCUCACACAGCUACGCCGUUGUUUCCAGCUCCAAUGCGAGCUGCGUGCCUCGGAUUAUAAAAGAUUGCCAGUCGAGUGCAACAUUGAACGAGGCCGCUUCUUCUUACUUGCUUAUUGCUCACGCGGAAGACUCACUUGUACGCAAAAACAUGGGCCCAAAUUGCUGGAAAGCACAGUCUACUUCUCCAGACCUGCUGCCUUUCUGUGAACUUACGUGCAAUACUAUGUGGUCCCAGCACAAAGAAAAAUACAUGAACUGUGCGGAUCCCAUGGAAUGCUUCAAGACUGACCUCUCGACACAGUCAGCGAUAGUGGACGCGUGGGAAAGCCUAUUCGAUGAUCUUUUGGCUCAAGAGUUAUCUACCGGCUGUUCUUUUGCGACGAGGCCUUCUUCUUCCCCACCAGAACAAUACACGAGCGGCCACACGUGGAACACAGAGGGGUCAUGCAACGGCGGUGCUGUCCAGCUCGUUCAAGUCCUCUUCAGCGAUGAAUUCGUCUUGACUGGGAAGCUGUCUGAAACGCCGUCAUGCGGUAUUCAAGACAUCACAGAUUUAAUUACCAAGUUUUGCCAAGAGCAGGCAUCGUCAGAUUCGGCGGCGUGCGAAGUAACAACGGAGGCGUUCGCGAGUGCUUCUCCGUCAUCCCUAUGCGGAGCAGCUCUCAACCCCUCAAUUUUGAUGCGUUUUAACUGCAACCAAGGAUUGAGCGAGCCAUUUUGCCUCGCUGCCCGCCCUACAGAAAGUACCUACAAACACACAGGAGCGUGCAACUGCCCCAGUGGAAGACCAAAAUGUAACGUUCAGAAGGCAUUCAAAGAUACAGACUGGCGGGCUUCACUGCCUGAAGGCUUAAAAAUUGUAGUUGAUGCAAGAAUUGCGUACAAGACAACAGAGAAGCAGUUCUCAAUUGUGGACACUACCCUCGAAUGCCUUUCAGACGACCUGUACAUCCUAUGCGACGGCAAGUUGUGUGAUUUGAAGGCGUUCGUCUUUAUGCCUGCAGAGGAGAAAAAAACCGUCAGCGACGGAGGCCCGCAAUGCACCGAUCUCUCUGAUCAAACUGUAGAUACUUUAGAAGGAGCCGUCUGUAGAAAUCUGUGCCUUGACUUAUGGGAUCAAUUUAAGGAUAAAGCUCUAGCAGAACCGUCUCCGCAUGAAACGUUUGUUGCAUUGAUGAAGCAGUGGCAUGCUGAUAACCCGUGGGUGCUUACGUCGUCCCUCAGCGCUCUCGCCAAUAACUGCACAUACGAAAAACGACCAUACUUCUCUCCAGUCUCACAGUAUGACCAUCUGUCCGUUUUUGACCUUGAGGGGGGAGCGCUUGUCGUGCACGACCUCUGCCCUGAUACGCACUUUGCGGAUAUUGCUGGCGCCACAUUUGGCUGCAAAUCGAUGAUUGUCGACGAGGAAGAGAAGCGCUCCUGCCAAGCGUAUGAUGCUACAAGUGUUGUACAGGGAGCUUGCGCUUCUCCCAACUUGACGCAAUGCACAAUUUCCAGAGGCGCGUUUCCGCCUGCACUGGAGUUGUGUCCGUCCUGCGACGCUUUCAGUCUGGUUAUAUUUUACAGCUGCAAGCUGAGAGAGGAAUCACUGGGCGGUUUCGGUAUUUCUGUCCAAGCGCUAUCGGGAAGCAUUUCUUAUUCGGGAAGCAUACCUUCUUGCUCAUGCACGGAAGGCUCUAUUCCGGCAACGCAGGAAGAGAUUACUGCCUUGCCAUCCUGGCAAGCAUCGGUUACACCUCCCCAAAGUUUCGUCCUAGGCGGCGCUCGUGGUGUAUCUAUUGACGAAAGUGGCAACGUGGCAUUUUCAAUUUGGGCCCCCUCCUCGGAACAGGAUUGUUUAAGUGACUUCGUCAAAAUCCUUUGCAAACACCCUGUAGAGGGAGACCCUGACGAAGGCAUGAUGGCACCAAAUACGUAUAAGGCCAAAUUUAAAACAUGCGGAUGCGCUGAUGAUCCUACUAUGGAACCAUGCACUGAAAGUGAAGUCAAAAUGCUGGCGCAUGACUGGACGGGCUAUUUCAAAGACCACUACCUAGGGAAGAGCGGAGUUAUCCUGUUGCGCAAUAUGAGAGUUAUGGAAGACUCAGGUUCUAUUUAUACAGAUUUUGGAGUUACAGGCGAAUCAGCAUGUGGGGACGCGUCAGCAUACAAGGGGAUAUUUUGCCGAGUUAGCACUACAGUUACAUCAGGGACUCAGACAGGCCUGCUACCAAAUUGUGAUGAAGCCGUCUCUCUCAACAGGGCCGAAGUUUCCGACUACAAGUGUGCAUACUGGUGUCACAGCAUCCACAACAAUUGCAAAGCAACUCAGCCUUCUAACGCUUCAAUAUGCUUUUUUGAGGAGCAGAAGACCCACUCAAUUCUGCGCCAGUGCAGUGUUCCAUCAGAGCUAGAAGAUAAAGAACAACGGGGUGAGGCCAAUGCUGGUGCCGGCUUGGGCGUUUCAUAUCCUUUGGAAAAUCAGCUUCAUCGGGCAUGUUGCAUUUAUGCAGACUCAAACAUGGUGGCCGGCACAGUGACGGCAACAACAACGUGGAAACUUGUAACCUUCGAGUCUCCUGUAUCUCCGAAUCCGGUAGUAUUCACAGGUCUUCUCCACCCACUUGAUACAUUUGGUGAGGUACAAGUAACAGGAGUAACGGAAACUGGGUUUCACAUUCGCUUAGCCGUGGACCACUGCAGACUUGGUUAUGCGCCUGCUUACGCUCAAGUGAGCUGGCUCGCCGCUUCAGAGGAAAUCUUCACCAUACCAAAUUCUGGUACAUCAAUUCGCGUUGCUACGGUUGAUAUCAGUGUUGGGGAGAGUGUUGACGUGCUUCCUGGAUUCAAGUUGCGCACUAGUUCGAACAUCCCGACGAAUCUCCCCCCAACAGAAAUUCCUCUCCUCAAACUCGUACAGCUUACCACCACGUCAGCUACCAUUUACCUCGAGAGUACCUCCACAGAAGUGAAGCCAAUCAAGUACACCCUCGGCUAUCUGUAUAUGGACGCCGUACCGGAAUCGCUGUGCCCUCUUGGCUGCAAAACAAACAAUUUGACAUUGGAUACAAGGAUGGUGAAGGUCCAUGCCGGAUGGUCUGUCGACGUCCAGUACUCUACGGAGCUGUUCGGCGAUCGAUUCCCCCUGAUUUUUGGCUCCUGGGUGGUGCGGAAAACCGAUCACAUAAAAAUGGUUGUAAAGGAGAAAGUGGAAGGUUCCUCGUCCUGGAGUCCAACGAUCUUCGUGGUCUCUAAUGGUUCCUGCACGGACUUCGUUUUUGAAGAGGCCCCCAGGCACUACGGAAGCUCAUUACUCGCCGCUCUCCAGAUCAAACACCACUUCACCCCCAACUGCGCCGAAGCCAAGUCUAAAGUUGAGACGGCGACAGAUGCAGAGUGUGUUGCAGAAUGCACGGCAUUAUCUGGAACAUGCCCCCCGCCAGUGGCUUGGGAAUGCUUCGUAGCCGCCGCUUCCGCAGAGCUAAAGGCGAAGUGCUACGUCGAGGCCUCUGUGGAUACGGCAGGAUCAGCGUCAACUACGACGACUCCCCCUCCAGUUGGCGCCAGCGUCCAGUGCAGAGUAGUUGACAUGUCCAGCUACCCAGAUCUAGGGUGGGACGUCGACGCCAUGAGUUGUUCAUGUCCCCAGGGCUUUAGCCCCUGUACGCAACAUCAGGUGGAACAGGAUCGGGCCCACUGGAUCCAAGAUGUUUCCCCAUGGGGCUCUUUAUGCCGCACGUGGGAAGCUGUACAGCCCGUUGCUCGGGGAUUUAUGCAAGUGGCCAGUGACCUGUGCACUGCAUCUUCAAAUCUUCGGUGGCAACAGAGGGAACUGCCACUGUACUCUCUAGAUGAUGUCGUUCUCAACGGGCGAGUCAACAAAAGUGGUUACAACCAAUGCGUAGCGGACACUCCCUUCGUAUUUUGCCCAUCCGCCUCAUUAACUACAACGACGAGCACUGCUGCACCGACUUGGGACUGGCCUCAGAAUGCAGACUGCUUACCGGGAGACUGGUCUGAGUGGUCGGAUUGCUCCGCAACUUGCACACCAUCUGAGGAAAAGCUAGUAUUUGCAGAGGCAGGAGGUGCUUGCUCCGAGCUCGAACUGAAGGAAUAUGAUGAAUCGCGGUGCAAAGAGCAAGAUGACACUAACUCCAAGCCGCCAGUGGCCGCCAGCGCACUUCAGUUAGGCAGCCAAGACGAUGGUACAGAUAACAGCUUGAUCUGGUGCUUGUUGAAUGGUCGGAAGGCGAAGCGAUACAGAUUCAGUAUCAAAAAGGACACCGCUACAGGAUUCCAGCCUGCAUACUAUAGCACGCAAAGCGAAGAUUGCCCAGACGCCCUGGAACCGUGCAGAGAUGACCGACAGCCUAGCUGCGACGACCUUGUACCUGUACAUGACAUUUUAGAAGAGAGGCAAUUCUGCAAAGAGCAAUGCGAGAAGAUCAUUGCUGCGUGCUCAGAAGAAUCCAAGGUCAACGGACAGACAACUCUUCAGUGUUUUGCUGAUUACGUUGUUGAGAAUCAGCCAGUUGGUGGCAAAUGCACAUACUCGCAACGACUUGUCAAAGAGACAGCAACCCCAGUUUGCUUCCCAAGCUUUUCUCGGACCAACGACGACGAGAAUUCAGAGUUCCGGUUUCUAGAUCCUAACAGUUCUUCUAUGCAGUGCUUGUGUCUCACGCCGAAUUCCAUCCCGUGCACAGCAAAAGAGGUCUUUGAGUCGCGCCUGCUUUCUCUUGCUACGGCAUCGUCUUGCCCCAGUCAAGACACAGCUGGGGCAAGUUUUAGCGCUGAAACACCAGGAACCGCUGAUUCAAAGCUGUUCUUUGCUGCAGCGGACUCGGCCAAGGUAUUCUGUCCCCUUAGUAACAGCAGGGACUUUCAGCAGCCAGAAGAUGCUGCCACAUAUUCCGUGUUUAAAAGUGCGGCCGAGAUGAACGAUUACUGCAAGAAUGGGCUCGAGUCUCAACAUGGGCUAUCUGCCAGCACGCCAUACGAUGUCAACCUCGACUGCUCAGAGCUCAUGCCGAUGACAGACAGUGUAAGUGCUGAGGAGUGUGAGAGGCAAUGCAUUGAGAUCAAGGAUGAAUGCGCCGCCACCACGAUUGACUACUUGUCAUGCAUCGCCACAAAGCGCGAGACCACGGGCUUUAAUUUGCAAUGUGCCACUAAGGGCACACUUUUUGCUGGCAGAGGUAUAAUUUUCUGCAAGCUAGUGCCGAAGAACUGUACUUACUCGGAGUGGGGAGAGUGGUCCGCCUGCAGCGCCACUUGCCGCAGUGGCGUUGGAGGAGUGGAGUCAAGCGUCAGAAUACGCACAAGACAGAUUUUGGAGCCAAGCACAGCUGGCGGAGAACCAUGCAGGGUUGGGGGCACGACAGGCGGAGACGCAAACGGAGAUGGAGGAACUGUGCAGUCAGAGCCCUGCAGUUUCCAAGAGAUCUGCGGUACGUUUCGCAUUUCCCUGCACGAAAUUGUGACGCUGGUAGUUGUUGCGUUGCGGGAGAGAAUAGAAAAUCAUUCAGAUGCAUCUCUUACCCUAGUGAUUACACCCAAGCCGGAGCCAUCCCAUGCAACUUGGAGUCCCGACCGCGAUGACACCACCACCACAACACAAAGCUCGACUCAAGUGGACAGCGAUGUUGCUUGCGAAAUCUACAACAUGGCUGGUGUUUCGUUGCCAACACGCUAUGAUGCAAUUUACCGGACGUGCAGAUGCCCUUCAUACACCAGACCAUGCACGAUUGCUGAGGCAGAAGCAACACGCUCGUUGUGGAACCAGAGUAUGAUGGCUCUAUGCCAGGAAGAUAGCGUCGCUGUAAUUCCACUGACCAACUUCGGACUUUUCGACUGCGAGACGCGUACAUUUAAGGAUAGUGUCGCGGACUUCAACGAGGUCACUGCAGAGGACCAGUGCUCGACAGAUCAGUUUUCGUCGGUUUUCUGCGUGGUGGCAGAUGACGUUGAGACAGAACGGCGUCAGAUGAUGAUUACGAUGCUCAUUAUGCUGCUUGUUGGGACAUUUGUCGGCAUUGCCCUCGUGCUUUGGUUCAUCCAGCACAGCGUCGACGUGCAGAAGGUGCUCGGUCUACGGGGCCGAUACGUCGAGCUAGUGAACAUGGUCAAGGAAUAA